UCAUUUACCAUCCCGGUCACCGGCGUGUCGUGUCUCGCGCCCCGAAAGCUUCCCCGAACUUCAGCUCUGCAGAGCUUGAUGGAUUGAUGACGUGACGUCAGCAGGCAGCUACCUCGAACAGCACGGGUAGGAGGGGGGGAUUAAUCUGUGCGCGCUCGGCUGAGAGAGAGCGCGCAAGCCAGAGGAGAGACGCGACGCGACGCGCUCACUAAUCUCCAGGGGAAAAAAAACAAAAACAAAAAAAAGAAAAAACAACGGUACCGAGUCAACAGAGGUCAAAAGCACCGAUAUUCCGUCUGGCUGCAGUUUGGAGAAGCGCUGCUGAAGAGUUUGUGGGAAACAAACACACAGUCGUGGAGGAUGAGGUUGCGCUUUGAAGCCCUGAGGGCAUUUUAUUAAGUGAACUCUGACUCCUGGAGCUUCAGGAGUGUGUGUGUGUGUGUGUGUCCUCUGAGACCCGCACAAGCCCCGCUCUGUCCUGCAUCUCUCAUUGUAUCAGACCAAUGAGGUUCCACGCGAGCCGCUAAAUUGCAGCCCAACAAGCCUGCACACCCUGCAGUGUUUUCAUUUUAUUUUUGAUGGACAGCACGGACUAGUAAAAUGCAUUGGAUCACUCUGCUGCUGGCUGGCUUCACUUUUUGGGGCAAAGUGUCUGUGUACAACUGCUUAGAUUAUGAAGAGAGCUUUGAUUAUUAUGAAGAGGCGAAAACGGAGACCAUAGACUACAAAGAUCCCUGCAAAGCUGCGGUCUUCUGGGGAGAUAUCGCCUUGGACGAGGAAGAUCUGAAAAUGUUCCAGGUGGACAGGACGAUAGACCUCGCGAGGCACCAACACAUGAGGCAGGGGCACACGUCAGGUGGAGCAGAAGAGCACGACUCCACUAAAAAGCGAGGACAGCUAUACCUCCUGCUAGAGAGGAUACGAAGGCUGGGUUUCGACUCAUCUACGAACUCCAGUAAGGCCGAGAGCCCCAGAGCUGCCCCGGUGGGCAGUGUGGACAGGGAGAGAAGGGUGAGAGGGGGGAAAUCUCGUGUCCCACGAGCCGCCACGUCCAGAGCAGAGAGAAUCUGGCCCGGAGGUGUCAUCCCUUACGUUAUAGGAGGCAACUUCACUGGCAGUCAAAGAGCAAUGUUCAAGCAGGCCAUGAGACACUGGGAGAAACAGACCUGCGUGACCUUCGUUGAGAAAACAGACGAAGAGAGCUACAUCGUUUUUACCUACCGGCCCUGCGGAUGCUGCUCCUAUGUGGGUCGUCGUGGCAACGGGCCUCAGGCCAUCUCCAUUGGGAAGAACUGUGACAAGUUUGGAAUUGUAGUUCACGAGCUGGGUCACGUGAUCGGAUUCUGGCACGAGCACACGCGGCCGGAUCGUGACGAUCACGUGACCAUCAUCAGAGACAACAUUCAGCCCGGUCAGGAGUAUAACUUUCUAAAGAUGGAGCCUGGUGAGGUAAACUCUCUGGGCGAGCCGUACGACUUUGACAGCAUCAUGCAUUACGCCAGGAACACUUUCUCCAGGGGAAUGUUCUUGGACACCAUCCUGCCCUCUCGUGACGAGAACGGCGUCCGGCCUGCGAUCGGACAGAGAACCAGACUGAGCAAAGGAGACAUUUCCCAAGCCAAGAAACUCUACAGAUGUCCAGCGUGCGGUGAGACACUGCAAGACUCAGCGGGCAACUUUUCAUCUCCGGGUUACCCGAACGGAUACCCUUCGUACACACACUGUGUGUGGAGGAUCUCGGUCACACCUGGGGAAAAGAUAGUUCUCAACUUCACCACCAUGGACCUCUACAAGAGCAGCCUGUGCUGGUACGACUACAUAGAGGUGCGGGACGGGUACUGGAGGAAAGCCCCACUUCUAGGUCGUUUUUGCGGUGAUAAGAUCCCAGAAACACUGAUCUCCACCGACAGUCGGAUGUGGAUUGAGUUUCGAAGCAGCAGUAACUGGGUGGGAAAAGGCUUCUCUGCCGUGUACGAAGCGGUGUGCGGUGGGGACAUCAAUAAAGACCAAGGGCAGAUUCAGUCUCCAAACUACCCAGAUGACUACAGGCCCUCUAAGGAGUGUGUGUGGAGGAUCACCGUGUCCGAGGGCUACAGCGUGGGCCUCAGCUUUCAGGCCUUUGAGAUCGAAAGGCACGAUAGCUGUGCAUACGACUAUCUGGAGGUUAGGGACGGCCUGUCUGAGAGCAGCCCCCUGAUUGGUCGAUUCUGUGGCUAUGACAUCCCUGAAGACAUUCGUUCCACCUCCAACACACUGUGGAUGAAGUUCGUUUCAGACGGAACUGUGAAUAAAGCCGGCUUUGCUGCUAAUUUCUUUAAAGAGGAGGACGAGUGCAUGAAGCCAGAUAACGGUGGCUGUGAGCAGAGGUGUGUGAACACAUUAGGAAGCUUCAAGUGCGCAUGCGACCCUGGAUACGAGCUGGCCCCGGACAAAAAGAGUUGUGAGGCUGCGUGCGGAGGUCUGCUGUCCAAACUGAACGGCACCAUCACCACCCCAGGCUGGCCGAAGGAAUACCCGCCCAACAAGAACUGCGUCUGGCAAGUGGUGGCUCCUACGCAGUACCGCAUAUCUGUGCAGUUUGAGGCCUUUGAACUGGAGGGGAACGAGGUGUGUAAGUACGACUUUGUGGAGGUGCGGAGCGGCCUGUCUUCCGACUCGAAGCUUCACGGGAAAUAUUGUGGUACGGAAGUUCCCGAGGUCAUCACUUCCCAGUACAACAACAUGCGCAUCGAGUUUAAGUCGGACAACACGGUUUCAAAGAAAGGCUUCAAAGCGCACUUCUUUUCUGAUAAAGCUGCCACCUGCAAAGCACGGAUCUUUAUAUUUAAGUCCUGUCAUGACAUAGCGUCACGUCCUUCUGCUCAUAGGGCAGGCGUAAGGCGGGUCACAGAUAAGGACGAGUGCUCGAAGGAUAACGGAGGAUGUCAGCACGAGUGCAUCAACAUUAUCGGCAGCUAUGUCUGCCAGUGUCGCAAUGGAUUUAUACUGCACGAGAACAAGCAUGACUGCAAAGAAGCGGAGUGUGAACACAAGAUCCACAGUCCCACCGGCACCAUAAGCAGCCCCAACUGGCCUGAUAAGUACCCCAGCAGGAAGGAGUGUACCUGGGACAUCACUGCCACUCCGGGCCACCGCGUCAAAAUCUCGUUUAACGAGUUUGAGAUCGAGCAGCACCAGGAGUGCGCAUACGAUCACCUCGAGGCCUUCGACGGCGACUCGGACAAAACCGCUAUUUUGAGUCGGCUCUGCGGUAGCAAGCUUCCGGAACCCCUCGUCUCCACGGGCAACAGGAUUUACCUCCGCUUCAUCUCUGACGCCUCGGUGCAGCGCAAGGGUUUCCAUGCUACACACUCCACAGAGUGUGGAGGCAGGCUGAGGGCGGAGGCGAGACAGAAGAACCUGUACUCUCACGCACAAUUCGGAGACAAUAACUAUCCGGGCCACACAGACUGCGAGUGGCUAAUAACAGCUGAGGCAGGUUACAGCAUCGAGCUGACCUUCACCACAUUUGAGCUGGAGGAGGAAGCAGAGUGUGGAUAUGACUACAUCGAACUGUACGAUGGACACGACACGUCGGCACACAAACUAGGACGCUUCUGUGGUUCAGGGCCUCGUGAGGAACUGUAUUCAGCCAGCGACGCCAUGCUGAUUCGCUUCCACAGCGACGACACCAUCAGUAAGAAAGGCUUCCACAUCCGCUACACCAGCACCAAGUUCCAGGAGGAGUUACACAUGCACAAGUAACACACACACACACACACACACACACACACACACACACACACACACACAAACACGCCUCCAGGACAAAUGGUGCCACAAUCUGAAAAAGGAGUUGCACAAAAAUGCUCAAGAGUAAAAGUUACUCAACAGCUUCCCUGCACUGGAUUCUCCUCCAUGUUCAUCAGACUCCCAGCUCCGUCCCUAACCUCGAGCAAGCUCUGUCCACUUCGCCACAGACACUCGAUCAGACCAACUCUUGUCUACACAAUACACACAAAUACACCAAAUAAUAUUCUACAACCUGAAAAGCUUCUCAGCAAGAGAGAAGCCUAUUGUGGAUGCCGCACAAGAAAAGAGACAAUGUCUUAAAAGGUUAUUUUUUGAGCCUGUGAAAAAAAGAAUCGUGUUAUGUGUCAUAAUUUUACAAGAAGUCUGCUUCUGAGCAACUAAGCUGCUGUUGCCACACUGUAACUUUAAAUGCGUGCGCACCAAUCUGCAUGUGUUCAUCGAGGUGUGUGCACAGGCCUGUGGGAGUUUUCUGUAAAAAAAAGAAAAAAAAGAAAAAAAAACAACAACCAUGAAAUCAAAGAGUUCUUUAAUGUUAUGACAUCUGUGGCUGUUUACAUGGUAUGAUAUUUAAUUUAUAUAUGAACAUAAAGAAGUAUGCAGAGAUAAAGAGCAACCAUAGAAUCGUAAUCUCAUUAAUUCUACAGACGAAAUCUUUAUUAGCGUCAACAGGCUUGUUCCAGAAAUCAUUUCACUCUCAUAUAUAGUAUUGUUUUUCUUCCAGUCCGUGAACCAUGAAGUUCAUACAUGAAAUUUGUCUUAUUUGUGUACACAAGUGGGUUUGUUUUUUUAUUUUUUUUUUAUUUUUUUUUUUUAUUUUUUUUUUUUAUAUACAAAAGCUGUAAAGCAGAAGCAAAGCCUUGUAUGAAGUGAUUGUUACAGCUGUGAAAACCCCAUAAUCCUGUGCGCUUAACAUGCACUUAGCACAGAGGAUGAGGAAGAGAGACUCUAUCCAGCUGCACUAGCUAUUCAUGCUCUCAAACAUUUCCAGUAUUGUUGGAAUCAACAAAACUACAAUCGCAAGGAGUCAACUCGGUCACAGGGAGUCGAUUCAGUAAUAAGACGUCGAUUCAUCCACAAGUAGUCUAUUCGGUGACACGGAUCCUUUCCUUGGUUGAUUGAGACAUUUUCCUUGAACUCCUGUUCAUUCACCUCGAGGUUUAUUCUCCUCGAAACACACAACACAAGUGAAGGGAAAUCCUAAUGGUGCUACUCAGAGCUUCAGAACUUCAGAUCCUGUGAGGCAACGAUCCAGACACUUGGUGCGCAUUGUUCCUGAUUUACAGGCAGCGCUGAAGGAGCGCUGUGACAUUAGCACACUCGCAUCACUGACGGUGCCACUAUCAUGGAUGAGCAACUAUGGCCUUAGAACCAAAAUGUAUAUUAUUGCACAUGUGGAUGUUUAUGUAGAUAAUGUUUGU